CUCCUUCAGAGUUUUGACCCCGGGCGGCCGCCGUGUCUCUCUCUCUCUCUCACCCUUAGCAACAAGAUGGAGGAUCUGUCCCUGGAUGAUGUGAUUCGGCGGCGCGGAUUCAAUAAUAAAGCAAAUAACCGUCCUCAGAUGCGAGGGGGUGCAGUGGGAGGGGUCCGGUCUCGAAUGGGACCCGCUCUGCAGACGACACUGGGGGGGGGAGGCAGAGGGAUGCCCCCCCUGAUUCACAGAGGAGUGGGGGGCUUCGACGCACGCCAGAAAAUUGGGGUGCCAGACGCCAGGCUCCGACUGGGAGGGGGUGCAGCAGCAGCUGGUGGUGCCGGCUCACUCCUCCCUAUGAAAGACGCGCGAGAGAAACUGGGACAGAAAGACGCGCGAUUCCGAAUCCGAGGACAAAUCCAGGACGCUCGGCAGACCAUCAACUCCCGCAAGCAAGGGGGCGGGGCCUCGGAACACCAGGGGGGAGGGGCCAGCAAGCUGCUGGACGCCAGGGAUAGGCUGAGCCUGAAGAGGAGCAUUCCGAUGAACCCGCCCUCCACUCUGGGUUCCGCCAGCUCUCAGGCCACGCCCCCUGUGAAGAUCACCAAAACCAUACAGCAGAGACCGCUGGUUCUGAACCCAGCCUCCCAGCCCAGCGGAGCCCGAUUCAACCUCAUCAACAGACACACAGCCAGCAGCACGAGUCUGUUUUUAGGAGAGGAUGGGUCCGGCUCUCUCGGGCUCAGCAAGCAGAUGAAAAUCACGACGGCGAACGAUCUCGCGUCGAUCCGGCCUGGUGUUUCCGGUCCCCCGUUUUCUCUCUCCAAAACCGCCCCCCUGACGAAAGUCGUCCAGAACGACUCCUACACUGCCAGCCCCCCCGCCCCCUCUCCCCCUCCCCCUCUGUCUCUCCCCUCCCCCUCCUCCAUCCUGAGAUCCAACGCCAGCCUGGCCGGAGUCUCUCGGACCCUUGGUUCAACAGACAGGGGGCGCUGGUGCUGUCCAGAAGGCAGCAGGGACCCGAGGCCAGCGACCCGAGGCACCGCAGCAAUCUCCACCCCAGCUGCCUGUUUUCAGUCCCCUUGAAGGAACGAAGAUGACGGUCAAUAAUCUUCAUCCCAGAGUUACCGAGGAAGACAUUGUGGUGAGUGGAGAGAGAAAACAAACAAACAAAAAGAAUCAGAUUUUUAU